UUUUUGUUGUUGACCCUCAGUUCAUUGUAGAGUUUGACCUGCGCUCGGUGCAGUAUGAGGUCAAGUCCCCUCGCUGCCAUGAGAUGCGUCUUGCGGCUCCACCACACGACUGCAUCCGCUUCAACUUCCGCUGUGACCGGGAGGCGGAGGAGUGGGCCACUGUGGUGAUGUCAUCACUAAGAGAGGCACAUAGAGUUGCAAACAUUAACAUGUACGACUCAGAGGGAAGACAGAACCAUACGGUAGCAACUAUGGAGCAGUGGAGCUCUGCCUCACUGCCGCUAACUGAGGAGCUGUGCUUGGAGCUCACCAGGGCGAUCGAAGCAGGCGACACUCAAGCCGCUUCCCAACAUGUGUCCGCUCUGGCUCGACAGAAAGCGGUGCUGACGAUUCAGCUGUCUGAAAAGAACUACGCUGACGGGGAGAUUAGUUUGUCUGUGGUCGUGGAGGACGUCUCGUCGUCCUGUUGCGUCACAGUGAAAGUGUUCCCCUACAUGACGGUGGCUGCGCUCAAGCAACAGGUGUUUGUCGAGUACGGUUUCCAUCCUCGCGUGCAGCGCUGGGUGAUCGGUCAGUGUUUGUGCACUGAGCCGAGGUCGCUAGCGUCGUACGGGGUGCAGAAGGACGGGGACACGGCGUACCUCUACCUGAUCUCCGCUCGACAGGCCCGUGUUACCCGCCAGCUGUUCCAGCAGGACCUGGAGAGCGCCCUCCUUGCCCCGCCUCUCCCCCCAGGCAAUGGACCCACCUCCCAGGAUUGGAGGGCUUAUAGCACGCUGCCCUCGAGGCUACCACACAACAACCAGGGCGGCACAGGCGGAGGAGGCGAUAGACCAGGUGAUAUCAAAGAUGUCCUCGAUUUGGAGAAUCUGCGCCUGAAUGAUCACAGCAACAAAGCCAGUAAAACACAGACAGAGUGGGCCUGUCCCUCAUGCACUUUCAUCAACAAACUGUCGCGUCCGGGCUGCGAGAUCUGUGCCACAGCCCGACCCGACACACACAUCCAGCAGGAGAAAGGGAGGAGAGAGGACCGGGGGGAGUCUGGUUUGAGCAGCAGCUGACUGCCCAUCAUCACCCUCCUGUUGCAUUGUCUCACUCACACACACAUACAUGCACACACACGCAGAGUGAGGAUGCUGCAUCCGCCACAUACGUACAUGUCAACAAAAAUACUCACAUGCAGACUGUCGAGUGCACUGAGAGUCGUCCGACAGCGAGAUGGCUGCGGACGACGUUUGAGGCGCUGUAGCAUGACACAGGCUCAGACCACGGUGGAUGCUCAGAGGAUGAACUGCAGCAUCAAGCUUUGACCAUUCAUGAUGAUGAUGAUCCUGACAUACAUCUGAAAUUGGCCAGAACUCUUUCUUAUUUAUUUUACAGGGUGGGUGUGUGUGUGUUUGUUUGUUUGUUUUUGUGUGUGUGUGUGUGUGUGCGCGCAUGUGUGGUGCAAACAGCAAAGUCUGAUUAAAUAUUUAUUUUAGGGAAGAGAGAAGUGACUUCUCGUGUGAUUGCAUCUGAAGUCGAGAGGACGUCGUACUUUCAGUUUCUGCCGACUGAAGCGAGAGGAAAUGUGGAGGUCUGCGGCAACUUCCCACUCUGUUCAGGUGUGUCAUCUGUCGGUGCCAAAAUGUUAGGAAUUUAAAAGAAGAGCGAUGAAAAAUGAACAGAAGUAAUGAUGUUGCAUUUACAGGGUUGUCAAGUGCUUUUAUUUUUUAUAACGGUGUAUCAAGUGUAUUAUUUUUAACAAGAGCCGUCGAAUAAUUGAUGUAGAUUUUAUCAUUUUAUCUAAUUUUACCCGAUUCCCUCUGGGCUGUGACAGCAAUGGAAUGAUCUGUUUUCAGUACAUAAUACUGUAAAAACUUGCAUUAGCUGAAUAAACAUAAUGGAACUAAA